UCUGGAAGGAGGCUUUACAACCCUGCUGUGGAGCAACGCAUGGGACGGAAGUAUAGUGUCGCCCUAUGACAGGCCAGAAAUUCGUUUAAAACACCAACAGGAGGCUGUGGGAUUGAGAAUGUCUCACAGCAACUACAUUUUCUGGCUUUCCUGAACAACGUGCAGGUCGGAUCAUGGUGUAGAUGAGCGCGUCUGAGUCAUGUUCUCCGUGUGUUGUGCACGGUCCCCUACACCGUGCGACUCUUGACGCGCUGUUGUGAGGAUCUCCGCAACAGACGCUGCAGCUGUCUCAACCCGAACCUGCCGGAUAACCAUGAGCAGUCCGCCGAGCCCUUCUCCAGCCCGGUGGUUUAAAGCGCUGCGCAGGACCAGGCUUGGGGAGCCGUGUUUGAAGACGUACCCUCUGGAGUGUGUGGAUCUGCUGAGAAGGGCCAAAGUUGCCUUCCGAGCUGGACGCACCCUCAAGGAGAACUUCCGACUGGCUCAGCUGGAGGCUGUGGUGCGGAUGCUGGAGGAACAUGAAUGUGACUUUGUAGAUGCUCUUGGAAGGGACCUUCAUAAGCCACGGUUUGAGACACUUGUGUCAGAAUUGAUGCUUGUCAAGAAUGAGGCGCUUCAUGCCAUCAACAACCUCAAGAAAUGGAUGCAGCCACAGCAUGUGGAAAGAAACCUGUCCACCACGCUGGACGAGUGUCUGGUGGUCAGUGAACCGCUGGGGGUGGUGUUUAUCAUGGGGACCUGGUGCAGUCCUGUCCAAAUGUGUCUGGUGCCACUGGUAGGGGCCAUCGCAGCAGGAAACUGCGCAAUCAUCAGUCCCUCUGAGUGCACCGCUCACACAUCAGAGCUACUCCAUCGUCUCACCCCUUUCUACUUGGACAAUGAAUGCUUCCAUGUGAUUCUUGCCGGCACAAAUGACUUGCCUGAAGUUGUGGAGCUCAAAUUUGAUCACGUCUUCUUCACAGGAAACAGAGAGGAGGGAAGCAGAAUUGCUCAGGCUGCAGCCCGCACUCUUACACCUGUCACCCUGAUUUUGGGAGGCAAGAAUCCAUGUUAUGUGGACCAACACUGUGACAUUGCCACCACCGCACAGCGCGUUGCUUGGGCUUCUUUCCACAAUGCCGGACAGAGCUUGGUGGCUCCAGACUACAUCUUGUGCCACGCGAAUGUCAAAGCACGCCUGGUGCAGGCCCUGAAGUGCUGUCUGAUGCAAUUCUACGGAUCUGAUCCCCGAGAGUCCCGCAGCUUUGGCCGCAUGGUCAAUCUGGAGAUCUUUAACCGUACAAGAGACAUGCUGUGGAGAUCUGGCCAGGUGGCUGUGGGUGGGCAGGUGAUAGAAGCAGAGAAAUAUAUUGCCCCAACAAUUUUGACAGAGGUGGCAGAAUCAGACCCCAUUAUGCAACAGGACAUUUUUGGCCCAGUUCUCCCUGUUCUGACUGUGAACAAUGUGGAUGAGGCAAUUGCCUUCAUUAGGAAGCAAGAGAAACCCCUCUGUGUGUAUGCAUAUUCCAACAACAGUAAGAUCAUUUCAAGACUAAUGAGUGAGACCUCUAGUGGAAGCUUUUGCUCCAAUGACAGCGUCCUGCAGAGUCUGAUGGUGGCUCUACCUUUCGGUGGAGUAGGUGCCAGUGGAACGGGUUCCUACCAUGGCCGCUAUAGCUUUGAUACCUUCUCUCAUAGGAAAUCAUGCCUGCUAAGAGGCACGCGGUUUGAGUGUGUCACCUAUCUGCGUUAUCCGCCCUAUGAGGACCGCAAUCUGUCUCUAAUGACAUGGGCCAGUACCCUGUCCCAAAAGAGCCAGGGCUGGUGCCAGAUCCUGUGACUGUGUAGGAGGAUGGUAAACAGAGCCAUGUUGGAAGACAAGCAAGUGCCCCCCAGGUCGUGAACAGUCCUGACGUGCAAAUGUAUUGUUAGUGUAUUGAAAAAUAGAUGAGAGCAAAAUCCACAACCACAUCAAACUAAAUACAUAGUAGUUUUAUCUUCGUGUAGGAUGACAAUAAUGGGACCAGCAAGAACGAGAGUUUCUCAAUUAUUUAAUGUUUCUCGGGAGAACUACUUUAACUAUACAUCAGCUCAACUGAAUUUAUGUCUUUGAGGAAGCAUUACGUGUGAAAAGUAUAGUACCAGUAUUUUGGAUGCAUUGGCUAAAUUGUUUAAGAUUUUGCCACUGUAGAGUUUAUUAUGACCUAUAAUCUCACAUUAAGAUAAAUUAAGAAAAGUUGAAUCAAAACAAGAAAACUAUUUUGGACCUCAUUCAUAUUUAUUAAUAUAUUUACAAUACAACUGAGGUAUUUGCAUCAACCAUCCCAAACACAAACUUGAGUCCUGAUCCUCACGUGAUUAUCUGGUCAUUUGGGUCUUUUGUAGAUUUUCUCCUCGUUUCCUUCUUGCAUGGCUGCAUAUCUGGCUACAGUGAACAGGUAGUCGCUCAGUCUGAAAAUGUAGGGACAUUUAUUACAAGUGUGGUGGAGGAACCAUGUUCUAAUAUGCAUUUUAAAGAACUAGACUGACCUGUUCAAAAACUUGGCAACAUCUGGAUCUGCCUCCCCUGAGCGCACAAUUGGAGCAACGCUAUUACAAGAACAUAGAGCUGUCAGAACCAAAUGUACCAGUGAAACAAGACAAAUGGAUUAAUUUAAGUCAGUCAAGAUAAUGUUACAACCGAGGAACAUGCUGAAACUGACCUGCGCUCUGCUCUCCGACAGACUGUCCGAGCGAAGUGCAAAGCUGCACUGCUCUUCCCUCCAGACUGUGAAACAGAGCAUAAGUGUUAGUGCAACAGGAAACCCUGGACUCUCAUAGGAAUUCCAUGUAUACAGAUGCACAAAUGGACUUACAGGUAAAAUGAAGUUGGUCAGUGGAGGAAGUUCUUUUGUAAAGUUAUCAAUCCAGGUUUCCAGGUCUGUAAUUGGCUGAGCUGUAAAUGUGGUUCUCUCUUGCAAAAGCAGAACAAAAAAAAAAAACCAAACAUGAAAUCUUCAAGCGCACAAGACACAAUAAAAUUACAAUUUUACUGCAUUAGAUUGACCAACAUGUGCAUACUUAUGUGACUUUCUCUUGCAGAUGAUCGAGGGGUGGCAAUAUUCGAGCCCACAUCUUGUAAAAUGCACUGUAUCUGCAAUGAAAAGAGCAAAAUACAGGCAGAGGUCUUAUCUGUGGUGAAUGUAAAAUGUCAGCACUGAAGAAGUUAAUAAAUGCAACAUGAAAAUCAAA